AUUGUUCUUCAAAAAUAGGAAAAAACGUCAUUUUUUAAUGGAACAACAGACCGUCACAACCUUACACACUAGAUUUGAAGGAUUUUACAAUGUGGCCUGUCUGAAUGAUGAAGAAAUCUGGACAAGUGGAGAUGACAACACCAUGAAACUCUUCAGCAUCAAUCAGGGAUCACUACUCAAGUCAAUCAGAACCAAGUCAGGGAUCUCACCAAUUGAUUUAACCGUAACACAAAAUGGGGAUCUAGUUUAUACUGAUUACAGUGAUAGAACUGUUAACAUUGUGGAAAAUGAGCACAUAGAGGAGGUGAUCAGACUACAGAACUGGAGACCUCGCGGUGUCUGUAGUACCUCCUCUGGUGACCUCCUGGUUAUCAUGUUCAGUAAUGAUUACACACAAGCAAAAGUUGUUCGUUACUCUGGUAAAUUUAUAGAGAAACAAAUCAUUCAGUUUGAUGAUAAAGGCAAACCACUUUAUUCCUCGGGUACACAUAACAGAUAUGUUAAUGAAAACAGGAAUCUGGAUAUCUGUGUGUCUGACAGUGGAGCUGGAGCAGUAGUGGUGGUCAAUCAGGCCGGGAAACUGAGAUUCAGAUACACUGGACAUACUCAAAAGAACAGACCAUAUUUUCCACAAGGAAUCACCACAGACAGUUGGGGUCACAUUCUUACAUCUGACUAUGACAAUCACUGUGUCCACAUCAUAGACCAGGAUGGACAGUUCCUCCAUUACAUAGACUGUGGGAUGCAUUACCCUUUGGGACUGUGUACAGAUACAAAUGACAAUCUGUUUGUUGCGCAAUGUCAAAUAAAUCAAGUCAUGAAAAUUAAAUAUUAUCUAAAACAUAAAAGAUACUACCUCCGAUCAAUGGUAAAAAAUAAAUCAACAUAAAUUAAA